AUGGCCGAGACAGAGGCCGAGAAGUACGAGGUCCUGACCAAGAUUGGUCAAGGUUCAUUCGGCAUCAUCAGAAAGGUCCGCAGAAAGAAUGACGGCCUUAUCCUUUGUCGCAAAGAAAUAUGUUACACCCGCAUGUCACAAAAGGAGCGCGAGCAGCUCUCGGCAGAGCUCGAUAUUCUACGAGGCCUUCGCCAUCCCAACAUUGUCGCCUACUACGAGAAGGAGCACCUGAAGGCUUCGCACGACUUGCACCUUUACAUGGAGUACUGCGGAAACGGAGACUUGGGCAUGAUGAUCAAGGACCUCAAGGUCCGCAACGAAUACGCCGAUGAAGAGUUUGUCUGGACCAUCUUCGCACAACUGGUCAGCGCUCUGUAUCGUUGCCACUACGGCGAGGAUCCGCCAGAUGUCAACAGCAACGCUCUCGGGCUCACUAAGAAUGCGCUUCCCCUCAAGAGCAAGCAGGCACACAAAAUGAUUCUCCACCGUGAUCUGAAGCCUGAAAACGUCUUCCUCGGUGAAGGCAACGCAGUCAAACUUGGAGACUUUGGUCUCUCCAAGAUCAUUCUUUCUCACGACUUCGCCUCUACCUACGUCGGCACCCCCUUCUACAUGUCGCCCGAAAUCUGCGCCGCCGAACGCUACUCUCUAUACUCGGAUAUCUGGUCACUCGGCUGCAUAGUCUACGAGCUCUGCACCAGAGAGCCUCCAUUCAACGCUCGCACCCAUCUCGAGCUCAUUCAGAAGAUCAAGCUCGGAAAGGUCGCUCCUCUGCCACGCAUAUACUCCAAGGAACUCUCAGACGUCAUCUCUGCGUGUCUCCAGGUCAACCCAAACUCAAGACCUGACACAGCCAGUUUGCUUAACUUGCCCAGAGUCAAGCUCGUACGAAAGACACAGGAAGGCGUCAUGGUGCUGCAACAACACAUCACCGCAAAGGAAAACGCAAUCGCUGCUCUCAAGUUGGCACAAGAUAAAAUCGCACGCCUGGAAGCCGAGAAGCAGUCGAUGCACGAUCAAAUGGACAAGCAGCUCAGAAUGGAGUGGGAGGCUAAGGCUCAACUUGAGAUCAACCGCCAGAUGGACGCGGCUGGAGAAAGAUUGCGGGAGCACUACAGCAGGCUCUUUGAGCAACAAGUCGAAGAGGAGGUGGAAAGAAGAGUUGCUUCGCUGCCAUCAUCACGCACCAGCUCCACGAACUCAGCCUCAGACACCAUCGAGCCGCCCAGGCGUUCCUCAACACCCACACAAUCCUUGGAAGAAUCUUCUUCGCUCGUCACCAUAGGAGAGGCUGACGAGGAAGGCCCCAGUCUCAACGCUCUUUCUCUGGAAGACUCGCCACUUGUCCAGAGACACAAGCCCCUGAGAUCAUCUAACCGCACUCCCUUCACACGCGCAAAGACGUUUGCUGGCACAAACGAGGUCGCUCCCAGCCCCAUGGAUAUCCAGAUGGUUGACCCCAGCCCGAUGAGCAUUGCUUCCCUGAAUUUGUCACCGCGUAGGAACGCA